GUUUCAGGUUUAAGUUUGAUCAAGAAAUGUUCGAAGAAAGAUAAAGCAGAUAGGAUGCAAGCGCAGAGUGAUAGAAAUUCUGAUAACGGUGCUUAUACUAUCAGCAAUGAUCCGAAUGGGGAUAACGUGGGAAGCUCUGAUGAGAAUGAAGAAUGCAGCUCGGCUUCCCUCGUUGAAGAACUGGAAAAGAAGUAUUUAUGUGAUGUGGACAUCGAUGAAUCGAUUAUCCUUCUGAAGUCCAUGACAGGUACAAGUCCAUGUAAGCUGGCUAGUGAACAUACUCUUUUGCUGCUUGUACUCAAUCACAAAUACAUUGAUCGAAUCGGUGAUAAGGUUCAAUUUCUGUCAAUCUGCAGAUAUGCUCGUGAGGUAGAUUUGGCUUGGAACAGGAUCUCAUCAUGGGAAGAAAUCACUGCCAUUUUUUCUUUACCCAGACUGGAGGUAUUAAACUUGGGAUAUAAUCCACUACAGUCAUCUUUGACAGUAUCAAGCUUUCCACUUGCCGUGAAUUUGGAGUUAUUUAUAUUAAAUGGAACGGAUUUACCGAUGUCAACAGUGCGGAAAUUGUUAAAUAAAAUGCCGAAAUUGAAAGAAUUACAUCUGUCAGAAAACAGAAACCUAGAGAAUCGUUUUGAUGUUAACGACGAAGUCAUGUCAGAAUCAUUGGAAUCCUUGCAUGUGAGCAGAUGUGAUAUCGAGCAAUGGGAAACAGUCACUUCUUUAUGGAGGUUCUUUCCGAAUUUGGUGUCGUUGUCUCUAUGUGAAAAUCCUAUUCGCUGUUGUAAAUUGGAAGUAGGUGUUUGCAAGUCUUUUUCUAAUGCUGUGAAGCUCGUUCCUUCCAUUGAACGUUUGGCGAAUAUAAAUACCUUACAAGAUUUGCGGAUCAUCGCAAUUCCUUUAUGGAAAGAUUAUGCAAAUGACGAACAUUUCCAUCUGGUCGUUGGGCGCAUUCCGCAAUUGAAGUUUCUAAACGGAUCAGUUAUAUCGGCUGAGCAAAGGGAACAGUCCGAAAGAUUUCUCAUAAGGUACUAUGAUGUCCGUGAAACUAAGCCGAAAAUAUUUGCUAGAUUAGUUGAACAACAUGGACAUGUGGAACAGCUAUGUAGAGUUGAUAUGACUCCGAAGAAAUAUGCUAUUAUUGCUGUGAUAUGCGAAGAAACUGGAUACAAUGCAAGUCUGAAAAUACGUUUAACUCAAACAGUCUCUUGUCUAAUGCACAUGCUUGAAAAGUUAACAAGAAUUCCUGUGAAACGUAUGCGGCUGUUUUACAUAAACAAUGGUAAUCCAUUCCCAGAUGAGUUACGUUUCCCAAGUCAAAUGCUUCAGGCGUUGCAUAUCGAAGAUGGUGAUAAGAUCUGUGUUCAGUCGAAAAUGGUGGUUAGUAGAAAGGAAUGUAUCGCAAAGUGAUGGUUUUGCACGGUGAAAACUGGCGAUUGUGCUGUUCCCUUUCUACUAACUCGCUUUGUACAGUUACUUUGUAAUAUGUUGAAAAACAUUCAUUCUUCAUUUUUAUAUAUCUGACCUCAGUCGCACAGCAACCGAUGCUUCUUAUGAUAUCUCCAUGAAAAUGUUCUGAUGAAUUGGAGUUUUAAGGUGAUUAUUUUAACUUUUGCAAUAUUUUCGAAAUCUUUCAUGUCAGUUUUUUAAGGUAGGAAGUGAAUAAAGCUGAAAAGCAUGAUUUUUAUACGGAACCAUUUUACUACAUUAUUUUGAUUACACUUUGUAAUUAGAAUUACGGGUUUAAUAAUUUCAAGAAGUAAUGUGUUUCGCAG